UAAAAACUCGACAAACCCUAAAGCUUAAAUUUUCUGUGACCAUCUCGGAUUCCAGAAGCUCCCAAGUUUCAAAGCUACAGGCUUGCUUCUCCCACGACUGCUCUCGCUCCAUCUCUCACUUGUUUUAAAGAGAAGAUUUUCCAUUUGGAGCUCUGCUUUAUGGCGAAGCGUCUGAUUCCAAGCUUAAACCGGAUCCUGGUGGAGAAGAUCGUCCCUCCUUCGAAGACUACUGCUGGUAUUCUCCUUCCUGAGAAGACAAACCAGCUAAAUUCGGGGAAAGUGGUGGCAGUAGGACCAGGAUUACGAGACAAGACAGGGAAUGUCAUCCCUGUUUCCGUAAAAGAGGGGGAUACUGUUCUAUUGCCCGAUUAUGGUGGCACCCAAGUCAAACUCGGUGAAAAAGAGUUCCAUCUGUAUAGGGACGAUGACAUUCUGGGUACUCUACUCGAUUGAUUGGUUGAUUGAUUCUCAUGAAAAUGAUGAGCAUAUAGAUUAGAUGAAGAGGGUUUCUAUGUUUCUUCUGCUGUUUUUGGUGAAAUGCGAGGUUAAUGUAUCGUGCUUCCAUUAGAGAGUUCUGAAUCAAUCGAAGCAAUUUCGAUUA